UAAACAUUAACUGCGAAUAUAAAACUAUAAAUUCUACUUCUCUCUCCUCUUUUUCGGUUUACUAAACUCGUCCUUUUUUCUCUCCCCUAUUCAUUCAUCCCUUCUAUUUCUCUCUCUUCAACCGGAUAAUCCUCCUUCUAUCGGUUUCCGGUAAUUAUUUUUACCGGUGAAUUCGCCGGCGAUUUUUCUUCGUCAAUUUCGUUUGUCUUCUUUCCUCUAUCUCUUAAUUUUUCGCUCGCGCUGAAUUUUUUGAAGAGAAAAAAGGAAAAAUUAUUAGUGUUGGAUCUUCGUGAAAUUUGCAUGAAUUUCUGAAGUAUUUUAGUUGUAAAGUAGAAUGUGGUUUGUGUUGAAGGUUUUUUUUUUAUUAAAAUUGUGAUCUAGGGUUUGGUGCUAUUUAUUUUUCUACAUAAUUUUUAUUUUUGUGCAAUUUUAUCCUCUGGGUUUUUCUCGGUUGUGAUGAAGACGGAGGCCAACGACAAGAAUCUGUGGCAUGAGAUGGUGGAAGGGAGGGUUUGCUUAUCAAAAGAGGCUAAAAAUAGAUGUCUAGAGUUUUUGAAGCAGAAAAAACUUCAAAGAAUCAAGUCCGAAACAGGAGCACAGGGUGCCGUACUCACUAGCAUGAUUGCUAGAAGUGGAGGAGAUGCUUUAAGAGCUUCAGCAUCAUGUGGAACGAGGUUACAGGGAGAUUCUGGGAUGUUUAUUCGCUCCAGUGCGACUUUAAAUGCAAAGAAAUUCUUUCCAAAGCGUAAGGUGGAGAAGUUUAAUACAUCGGAUUUAGAUUGGAUUGACAAAAUUCCAGAAUGUCCUGUUUACUGUCCGACAAGGGAUGAAUUUGAGGAUCCUUUGGUUUAUUUGCUAAGGAUAGCACCAAAAGCAUCUAAAUAUGGUAUUUGCAAGAUUGUCUCCCCUGUAAGCGCUUCUGUACCUGCUGGGGCUGUUUUGAUGAAGGAAAAAGCAGGUUUUAAAUUUACAACCAGGGUUCAACCACUCCGUCUUUCUGAAUGGGACACCGAGGACAAGGUUACCUUUUUCAUGAGCGGAAGAAAUUAUACGUUCCGUGAUUUUGAGAAAAUGGCAAACAAGGAAUUUAAUCGUAGAUACUGUAGCACUGGGUGUCUUCCUGCUUCAUUUUUGGAAAAAGAAUUUUGGCAUGAAAUAGCUUAUGGGAAAAUGGAAACUGUUGAGUAUGCAUGUGAUGUUGAUGGAAGUGCCUUUUCAUCUUCCCCCGAUGAUGAACUUGGAAGAAGUAAAUGGAAUUUGAAGAAACUAUCGCGGCUCUCUAAAUCGGUCUUGCGGCUUCUAGAAACGCCUAUUCCGGGAGUGACUGAUCCUAUGCUAUACAUAGGCAUGCUGUUCAGUAUGUUUGCUUGGCAUGUUGAAGAUCAUUAUUUAUACAGUAUUAAUUAUCAGCACUGUGGGGCUGCCAAAACAUGGUAUGGGAUACCUGGUAGUGCAGCUUCACACUUUGAGAAGGUUGUAAGAGAGCAUGUGUAUAACAAAGACAUUUUGUCAACUGAUAGUGAAGAUGGAGCAUUUGAUGUUUUGUUGGAAAAAACAACACUUUUUCCUCCAAGCAUUCUGUUAGAACACGGUGUCCCAGUUUUUAAGGCUGUUCAAAACCCUGGGGAAUUUGUAAUUACAUUUCCUAGAGCAUAUCAUUCUGGAUUUAGCCACGGGUUUAACUGUGGUGAAGCUGUGAAUUUUGCGAUUGGAGAUUGGUUUUUUUUAGGAACAAUGGCUAGUAGGCGUUAUGCAUUUCUUAAUAGGAUCCCUCUAUUACCUUAUGAGGAGCUCCUUUGUAAGGAAGCAAUGAUUCUUUACAGAAGUCCUGAAGCAAAAGAUCCAAAUAUUACAAGUUGCAAUUUGAGCUCUCAACUCACAAUCAUGGCAUCAUUCGUACAGCUUAUGAAAUUCCAGCAUCGUGCACGAUGGUGUUUAGUAAGAUCAAAGUUGUGCUCAGCUGUUUCUAUGGAUGCCUAUGGCACAAUUUUAUGCAGUCAGUGCAAACGUGACUGUUAUGUCUCUUAUGUCAGCUGUAGCUGUUCAUUGCAUCCUGUGUGCCUUCGACAUGAUUUGAGUUCGUUAAUUUUCCCUUGUGGCGUUGGUGGUUGUACCCUAGUAAUAAGGGAAGAUCUUCCAGAACUGGAAACUGCAGCGAUGAACUUUGAACAGCAUAACAGAUUACUAUUGGAGGAGCUCCAACAGUCUAAAGGGAACGAAGAUUUGCUUUUGCUGUCAACAAUGUUCCCUGUUGAAGAGUAUGGAUAUUUCCCAUUUUGUGAUAUAGACAUGGAGGUUCAUCCACAUGAUAGUGCAACUAGCAAUCCUUCCAAAAAGCUAGAAUAUAUUGCUGAAGACAAUCCAAUUCUAACUAGUACAGGAAACACUGCUAACUUAUCAGAUACUCCACUUUCUAUGGCUGCUUCGACCAUCUAUUCUUUUCGGGUUAAUGAUUCUAUACAUCCUAACAAUGUACAGGACUGUUCUAACUCGAAUCAAAAUAAUUGCUUUGAAUCAUCUUACAACUCCAGUCCGUCUCCAUCAUCCAAAUUUUCUUUUAAGGAAUGCUCAAGUUCUAAUGAAGGAAACCAGAAAUUCUUGACAGUUAUCUCAAAUGUGGAUCAUUGCAGUGAUGAUUCUGAUUCUGAGAUUUUCAGGAUUAAACGUCGAUCUACUUUGAAGGCGGAGAGAAAACAUGCUGUAGUUGAGAAGUCAAAGUCGGCUGAAGAUCAGGGUUUUAAGAGGUUAAAAAUAGUCAAGACAGAAGGAAGAUAUGGGGAUGUAGUUCCUUUUGAGUAUUGUGAAUCCAAUAGGAAAAAUGGCCGUCACUUAAAGGAAAUCAAAGCCAAUGCUUCAACAGACAGCUAUCAUAAAGGAUCCAUAGUUCCUGUAUCCAUUAAGGUAAAAAGGACAGCUGGUUAUGAUUCAAGUAUGAAGCAUCGAGCGCAUCUAACGAGCAGCGAAUUGAAGCAGGACAAUGUAAAGAUCUUAAGAGAGCCGUCUCUCACGGACAUAGAGCCUAAACGCCUUAAAGUAAAAGGUCCAACAUUUACGGGGUCUAAGAUCAGGUUAGAUUAACCCAUAUACCAACAGCCAGAAACGCGAGAUAAAAUUAGCUAGCUCAUUCGCUGGCCUUUUGGGAGACAAUCAACAGAGGGAAUUGACUGUGCAACUGUGAUUAUUUCUAAUUGGGGGUCCUAACUAUAUUGAAAAAUACUACAGAAUUUGAAUUUUGGGAGCAGCAGAAGAAGGAAUUAACCAUUGCCUAGAAGAUUUGAAAAUUCUUUUGUGCAGGCCUUGAAGUGGGGCAAAUUUGCAGCAGUUCUUAUUUUUAAGGGUUCUUUUGCUAGAGUGUUUUUCUGUCUUUGGCAGGAGAACCUUUCUGCAUCUGGAUACAUAUAAAGCUGGUUAGUAGUAGUUUUACUGUAAAUCAUUUUAUUUUUCUUUUAAUGUCUCCUUUUAAUUGGGUUAGGCAAUUUUUGUGAGGACAUUGGACUAUUUCCAUAGUCUUCAUAUUAGUAUAUUUUAGGGGAUUUAUAUUUUUAACAUGAGUUGCUGCUUCCUAUGGUAGGGUUCUUUAUAUUCUUUUUUUGUAGCUACAGAUGACUUAAAAGUUGUAACGUUUUGAAUACCGUAUAUAAUAAUGCAGAGAAAAGCUCUCCUUUUCCA